AUGAACUGAAAGAUGCUAGCAGCGUUAGCUUUGUUAAUUUGUGGAUUUCGCUGGGAGUCGGUAUCAACAUGGAUGUGUCGGUGGUUGAAGUAACGACGUCUUCAGCUCAGUGUUUGAGGGACUUCAUCAACGAGCGACUGACGGCCGCUGCUGAGGAAAUAUUUCAGGUCUUUGAGAAGACUGUGCUCCAGUACGAGGAGGAGAUCGCUCGGCAGCGCACACUGUUGGACAUCACCUGGAAACCCGAGAUAAAGUUACUCCGAAUAGACCUCCCUCAACAUCAUGUUUGUAAGGAGGAGGAGGUUCUCUCUGACCAGCAGGUCUGUAACCAGGAGAGGAAGUCCAGUCUGGAGCAGGAGGAACCAGGUCACCCACAGAUUAAAGAGGAACAGGAGGAGCUGUGCACCAGUCAGUCGGUUGAGCAGCUUCUACUGAAGGAGGAGACUGAUAUCAUUAUGGUUACUCAGACUUAUGAGGAAAGUGACCACAGUGAACUAGAACCCAGAAGCGACCAGCCGCUCUCCCACAACUCUCCUCUACCUGAGCGCCAAGACCAGGAAGGAAGCAAGCCUGUAGAGUUAGCAUCAGCUGCAAAUGAAGAGCCAGAGUCAAACAACAGACCUCACACCAACAGAAGUCACAGUAAUAAUGUAGCUCACUCUCUAAUGUCGGAGAGUCAGUGUAAUCCCGACGCAGGGAAAAAGUCUUUUCACUGUGACUUCUGUGGAAAAGCCUUUCAAAAAAAGUCCCAAAUGCAGAAACAUAGCAGGACCCACACAGGUGAGAAGCUGUACCCCUGCAAAACAUGCGGGAGAAACUUCACUCAUAGCACUUCCUUGAAGGUCCACAUGAGAAUCCACACAAGUGAGAAGCCGUACUCCUGCAAGACCUGUGGGAAAAGUUUCAACAACAGCACCUCCUUGACGGUCCACACCAGAGUCCACACCGGGGAGAAGCCGUACACUUGCAAAACCUGCGGGAAAAGUUUCAGUCAAAGUUGUCAUUUGACUUCCCACAUAAGGACUCACACGGGCGAGAAGCUGUACUCCUGCCAAACAUGCGGGAAAAAUUUCGUCAAUAGCGCCGACGUGAAAAUCCACAUGAGGACCCACACGGGCGAGAAGCCGUAUUUUUGCAACAUAUGUGAGAAAAAUUUCAUUCACAGUUCCCACCUGAAAGUCCACAUGAGGAUCCACACGGGUGAAAAGCCGUAUUCCUGCAAAACAUGUGGAAAGGGAUUCAGCAACAGCAACUCCUUGAAAGUCCACAUGAGAAUCCACACGGGCGAGAAGCCGUAUUCUUGCAAAGCUUGUGGAAAAAGUUUUAAUCAAACUUGUCAUUUGACCGCCCACAUGAGAACUCACACUACUGACAAGCUGUAUUCCUGCAAAACAUGCAGCAGAAAUUUCAGUAGCAGCGCUGACCUGAAAGUCCACAUGGAGAUCCACACAGGAGAGAAGCCGUAUUCCUGCAAAACAUGUGGGAAGAUAUUCAGCUACAGGAGCGACCUGAGAGCCCACAUGAGAAUCCACACAGGGGAGAAACCAUACUCCUGCAAAACUUGUGGGAAAGAUUUUAGAUAUACGACUUCUUUAAAAGUCCACAUGAGAAUCCACACAGGCGAGAAGCCGUAUUCCUGCAAAAUCUGCGGUAAAAGCUUCGUCCAAAGUUGUCAUUUGACGUCCCACAUGAGAAAUCACUCUAGCGAGGAGCUCUCGUCUUGCAAAACAUGCGGGGAUGCUUUCAGUAGCAGCGCUGACCUGGAGGAGCACAUGAGAGUCCACACAGGUGAACAGCCGUGCUCCGGCAACACAUGAUGGAAAGGUUUGUCACAAAAGAGCUCACUUACAUUAGAAGCUUUGACCCUGUGACACCUGUGGGAGAAGAUGUAAAGACGCAAUGCAGCGUCACAUCAGAGCACACGGUGGAGGAAAGCCUCACUCCCGGACAUGUGGGUCACGUUUCACUCAGCAUGAGAACUCAUCUGUGGGGAGGAAAUCUAUCUGCAGCCCAGCCUGUAUAAAUAUGUAAGAAUGCAGAGACGUUAAAGUAGAGUUUUUAGAUUUUGUGAGAUGAAUCUGAGAACAUCUGGUUUACAUCUGUGUCCGACCGCACGAUCGAUUCAAAGCAAAUUAUGCAACAGAAGUGUGGCGACCCUGUCAGAAGGACUUUUACUUUUAACUGUUGCUUCUUUUUAUUUAUUUAUUUUUGUUACCUUAAAUAGUAUUUUGGAAAUACACGAAAACUUGUGCAAGAACUUAGACGUGUCAAAUUCCUGUGGAUUUAGCAAGUCGAACCGUGGGCUGCAUGUUUCCUGUUUUUAACCCAUAUGUGUUUACGUUCAGAAAAAUGAAGUACAUCGAAUCAGCUGUUCAUCUGAUACUUGAUCCCUCCAAGGCAAUUCAGAAAGUUCCUAGACAGUCACUGUAUUUACAUCUGUGAUUAUGAGAGAGUUUUCUAGAUAAGCCCUCAUAUGUAAAAGGUAGGACUUUUCCAAACAGUCGGAGAAUCCUUGUAGUCCAGUGUCGGUAGAAAACAGUCAUGUGAAAGCCGGGUCAUCAUCCCGUAUUGUCUGUCAUCUGUUUUGAAAGAGUUACAUAAACUUGGUCAUCAGUGUGUUCUCAGCCCUUUUCAGACGUCGAGCAUUGCAGCUUCAUCAGUCUGUUAAAGUGACGGCAUUUUGUCAUCCACACGUAGGUCGAGUUUAUGUUAAUGCUCCUACAUGGACGGCAGACCCACGUAGUGACGGAGAGCAGUACAGUCGUGACUCGAUAACCCGACCCCUAACAAUCCAAAAACCUCGCUACCCAACAGGUUUUUAGGAAAAA